UUUAUUGCGACACGUAUUUCAUACAGCAGUGCUUACAGUUGCAGGUCCCUAAACGGGAUACUAAUCUAUUCAGCCAAAUACGACUGAAUAGUAGGCGAUUAGGCAUAUUUCAUCAAAAAUUCAUUUCAUACAAGCCAUACGAAAUUUGUCGGAACGGGAAGGAGUGAUCUUGAAAUUUAUGUACAAAAAAUUAAGUUUGGUCAAAUUUGUGAAUGCGAAAUCCUGAAAGUCAUAUUUGGUUUUUACUGUGGCUCUACACGUACAAGUGUGUACAUAUAUAUUUACGCACAGAUACGCACACAAACACAAAUACGCACACACACACAACAUAAGCGGAUGUUGUUCUUGUUUUUGUUUUAUGCAAGCAACAGAGGCUAUUAAUAAGAAUAUAUUCUGAAAUAAUAUAAUGCCACGAAAAGUCGGGCGAAUCUGCUGUGCAUUAAUACGUCAAAAAAUGAGAACGACACAGAGUAAAAGUCGCAAAUAAGGGAAAAAGAAACUCGAAAGAAAAACGAACGCUGCAGACAAAUAAACACAGUGCGCAAAUAAAUAAAUCGAAAUUCCCAUUUCGAUUCGAGUGUGUGUUGUUCUUUUUUUCGACGCUGUAGUGAUUUUUAAUUGAAAACCAGACGAAAUACAUUCACUCAAAUCACUCAAGCACAUACGUUACAUACAUAAAUACACACGUAGCAUAAAUAGCCGAACCACAUAAAGAGAGUGCGAGAGAGAGAGAGUGCAAAAGAAAAUCGGCGAGUCCUAGUCAAAUGGAUGACGAAUUGGAAGACAAGAUCUUCUAUCAGACAUACGUAUCGCAUAUGAAAAUCCUGUCCAAGUUUGCGGUGGGCUUCUCGUCCAUCAAUUCACCCUUGGCCUAUCUGUGGAAACUAUGCCGCAUCUACGUGCUCCGACCCGAGGUCAUAUUCUGUGGCGUCAUAUUGUUUAUCUUGUUGAUCUAUUUGCAAGCGGCAGAUGUGUGGAGUCGCAGCAUUCUGGGACGCAUCCAGGCCACGUUGGGUAGGCAAAAGGCCGCAUCGCGUUCCAUGGAAGCGACGGGCGGCGCCGGCGAUCAUCAGGCCUGGGAGGAGGUGCGUCAACAGAGUGCCGCCUUCGCAGUGCUCGGACGCAGACCUCACAUGGAAGACAGAUUUAUCAUUGAGGAAAACAUCAACAAUAACACGGACAUCUCGUUUUUCGCCGUCUUUGACGGACAUGGUGGCGAGUUUGCCGCCAAUUUUGCACGGGAUGUGCUUGUCAAGAAUAUUUACAACAAAAUCAUUGAGAUUAACCAGCUGCUGAAGACCGAGGGUCAGGCCGAAUACAGCAACUAUGACAAGAGCCCAUAUUUGGCGCGCAAGCAGAGCCGCAAGGAUGCGGCCAAUAAGGAGAAUGCCGAACCACUUGCACGCAAGGAUAGCUUGCGCAAGGCGCUCAGCACCACGGCCGAUUGCAGCGCCAUCAAGCAGAAGACAACGGAGGCAUCCAUCGCCGAUUUCUAUACAGCGCAGCUAAAUAGCGCCAUGCGCGCCAGUGGCAACAAUGCCGCCAAGGAUUCAUUUCUAAACAACAACAACAAUGCGCAGAAUUCGGCAAAUGUGCCGCCUCCCAGCUACGAGGCUAAAUGCUACAUCGAAAAUGGACGCAUCCAGUUUGGCAAACUAAUCACGGAUGAGAUUCUGGCCGCUGAUCACAAGCUGGUCGAGCAAGCUAAGCUCGCGACGAACAUAGCAGGAACGACUGCGUUGAUUGCGAUUGUGAAGGACAGCAAGCUGAUUGUGGCCAAUGUGGGAGAUUCGCGUGGCGUCAUGUUCGAUGCACGUGGCAUUGCAAUACCGUUAUCCUUUGAUCACAAGCCGCAGCAGGUGCGGGAACGCAAACGAAUACACGACGCUGGCGGUUUCAUUGCCUUUCGCGGCGUUUGGCGCGUGGCUGGCGUCUUGGCCACGUCACGAGCGAUGGGUGAUUAUCCCCUCAAAGAUAAGAAUCUAGUCAUUGCCACACCGGACAUUUUGACUUUUGAGCUUAAUGAUCACAAGCCCCGUUUCUUGAUACUCGCAUCGGAUGGCCUGUGGGAUACGUUCAGCAAUGAGGAGGCCUGCAGUUUUGUGCAGGAGCAUCUGAAGGAGUCUGAUUUCGGGGCCAAGUCCUUGGCCAUGGAGUCAUAUAAGCGCGGCUCCGUCGACAACAUAACAGUCCUGGUCAUUGUCUUUAGGAAUGAUAUUUACAGAAUUGUCAGCUCGGCUGGCAAAGUGCAAGUCGACACACCUUUAGCCAAAUCACCAUCGGUGGCCGUUGUUGUCCAGCGCCCGAAUGCGAUCAAAACCAAGUGACAAUUGUGGCGAUGCUCAUCGAGUACGUCUGUCAAAUGCUCUUAGGCCUACUUGCCCCAUUCAAGCUGAAUAGCAAACCAACCAAUAUUCAAGUGCCCAAAACAAAUUUAUAGCUGCUAAGCAUUCGCGAUGCUUUUGUCCCAUCGCCAGCCGACGGAUUGGUUAUUUUAUUAUUUUUUGGUUUUUUUGUAAGCAGACGCAAGCAGUUGGAGUCGUCGUCCUUGGUUGCGAUAUAGGAUAUUUUUUGAAUUGUUGUUUUGUACAAAUUGUUUAGCAUUCAUUCAAGCACACAUCAGCGCACUCUUUGUUAUCCCCCCCUCGUCUCCUCGAAACCCCAAAUCUCAUCAACUUCAUACAUAUUUAUUUAAAUUAUUUUGUUAUGCACUAAUACUAUUUGUAAAACGAAAAACAAAAAUGAAAACUAACUAUAUUAUAAACGUGUUUACAAAUAAAAUGCCCGAAAAGUCUAGCUUUUUUUA